UCUCCCGUGUGUGUGUGCAGUGACGAUCUCCACCAGCACGUACUUCGACGGGCUUCUGGUCACGGGUCUCUACACCUCCACCAGUGUCCAGUCCUCUCCCAUCCCGGCGUCUCCAGCUUUCGGCUUCGGCGUGAUGUCAGACAGACAGUUCGGGACUCAGUUCGUGUGCAGUGUGGUGGCGUCUCACGUCAGUCAUCUUCCCUCCACCAGCCUGAGCUUCAUCUGGAUCGCUCCUCCACCCGGCACAGGCUGCGUCAACUUCAUGGCCACAGCGACGCACCGAGGACAGAUCAUCUUCAAGGACGCUCUGGCGCAGCAGCUUUGUGAGCAGGGAGCUCCCACUGAAUCUCCUCUGCGGCCCAGUCUAGCUGUGGUUGAUGGUGAUCACGCUGUUCUCCGAGAUGAUUUCGAACACAACACACAGGAAGAGCUGAAUCUCAGUAUCUGGUGGGUGCCGCGCUUUUUUCUUUAG